AUGGCCGAUCUCGAAAGGAUCAGGCUGGUGGUGCUCGGCGGCGCCGGGGUCGGCAAAAGUGCCAUUAUACGCCGACUACUCGGUCAGGGUUUCAGCGAGCGAUACCGGCCCACCGUGGAGGAUCUGUACUCGCGAGAAUGCGUUCUUGGUACUCUGACGCUUAAAGUCGACCUUCUGGAUACCGCAGGCGACUUGCAGUUUCCUGCGAUGAGGCGGUUGAGCAUAGCCACCGCCCACGCAUUUCUACUCGUAUACGCGACAUCAUCGUUACCAAGUUUCGAGUGCGUGAAACGUUGCUUCGAAGAAGUAAGAGAACAACGACCCGACUUUCAGGAAGUACCCAUAGUUAUCGCCGGGAACAAGCUUGACCUAGCGCCAGCGCGAAGAGAAGUGCCAAUCGAGGACGUGAGCGAGUGGCUAUUUUGCGAAUUGCCGAAACUUCGCGCUAAGGUGAUGGAGUGCUCGGCAAAGGACGACUAUAACAUUAAGGACGUAUUCAGAUGUUUCGUCACGCUUUCCAAGAUCGUACCGAAGAAUCCCACGGGCGAGGUCGAGCAGUCGGGGCUCAGGAGAAGAUGUUCGGCGUACGGGUCACGCAGGUCCGGCAGCCCUAGCGGCAGAACCGGCAGCGCGGGUCCCGGUGGGAAUCUCCAACAAGUGGUCGCGGCUCAGGGUCCUAGCGUCGUAAGCGUUACCGAGGAGGUAAAGAGCAAACCACGUAGUCGCAGCCUGAUCAGGCGCACUUCAAGAAAAACGAAACAGCAGAUCAGAGAUGCCCGUGCCGAUGACUGCAACAUCUCCUAA